UCCCCCACUCUCCCACUUUCUCUCUCUACAUUCAUUCAUCCAUGGCCGCCUGAGCUUCCCACUUCUCUCUCUAUCUCACUCUCUCUCUAGAAUACAUACACAGACAUAUAUAUAUAUAUAACUUCAAUGGCGGUGGAGCUGUUGGGGUUUCCGAAGAUGGAUGAACAGAUGGCGAUACAAGAGGCGGCUUCAGCUGGAUUGAAAAGCAUGGAACAUCUGAUUCGCAUAAUUUCUCAUCAGUCUCAGCAGAGGCAACAACAACAACAACAACCACCUUCUUCGAAUCAGUUGGAUUGCGGAGAUCUCACUGAUUUCACUGUUUCCAAGUUCAAAAAAGUCAUUUCAGUUUUGAAUCGGACCGGCCACGCUCGGUUCCGCCGCGGUCCGCCUUGUCCUCCGUCGUCUUCCUCCUCGUCUCUUCACGAUCAGACUCCGACGCCUGCCUCUGUGGCUCCGGCGAGCUAUCAUCCCCAAUCGCAGCCUCAAUUGAUGACUCUUGACUUCACGAAACCUAAUCUGCUUAACUCGAACCCUAAGAGCAGCGAGAUCACUAAGGAGACCUUCAGUAUAUCGCAGCCGAUGUCGUCGGCGAACUCGUCGUUCGUGUCGUCGAUCACCGGCGAAGGCAGCGUAUCUAACGGAAAGCUAGGGACGUCGUCGCUCUUCAUGGUUCCGGCGGCGCCGGCGGUUUCCGCCGGUAAGCCGCCGCUCUCCUCCUCAUCGAACCGGAAGAGGUGCCACGAACACGGUCACUCCGAGGAACUUUCCGGCAAGCUAUCUGGCUCCGGCCGGUGUCACUGCUCAAAGAAGAGGAAAUCUCGGGUGAGGAGAACUAUCAGGGUCCCAGCGAUAAGUCCGAAAGUCGCCGAUAUUCCGGCGGACGAGUACUCUUGGAGGAAGUACGGUCAAAAGCCGAUCAAGGGAUCACCAUAUCCACGGGGAUAUUACAAGUGCAGUAGCGUGAGAGGAUGUCCGGCGAGAAAGCACGUCGAGAGAGCGACAGAUGAUCCGACGAUGCUGAUCGUAACGUACGAAGGGGAGCACCGGCAUACGCAAGCCGUGAUGCAGGAGAAAGUAGCCAGUGGAGUGGUGGGUUUGGACUUUGGCCUUUGAAAAAAACAAUUACUAAUUAAAAAUAAAAAAAAAAGAAGGAAAAAAUAGUAAAGUCAAAUGUUAGAAGAGAGACUUUUGUAAUAUUUUGUUUAGUUUGAGGGGGUUUGGUGUAAAUUUGGGAAGACAAUAGAGUGGACAAACAAACCAGCCAAAAGUGUUUUGUUUAAUUAAUUUGCAAGUGGCCCUUUUACUAACUUUAUUUUAAUUUCAAGUGCUUUGAAUGUACGAAAAAUUUUAUUUAUUUAAUUUUUUUUUCGUUUGGCUUUUA